AUGUUCUACUUACAUUUAUCUUUCAUGCCAGAACAGGAGAACAGUUCAUCAUUAUCGCAGCUAUCUACAUUAAGUGAUGAAUGGAACAUCUGUUGCGAUGGUAACGAGUUAAAUUUACUUUUAAUGGCUACAAGUACUUUCUCACUGGAACAGAUCCGUCUUGAACUUGCUCGACUAGGCUAUAGUGGUUUGUCAAAGCAGACACUAUCGAAAUUUCAAACUGAUCUCGAAGAACUUGCUCGAAAUGACAAAAAUUCAAAUUCGUAUGAACCUAAACGAUCCACUGCUCACCAGCAAUCCAAUGUAGAUUUCACUAUCCAUCGACCAAAUCCGUCAGAUAAUGAGUUCAGUCGAGAUGAUCAAGACGAUAACGAUGACGAAGAAAGUCUCGAUGAAACAAACACACCCACUAUAUCAAGUUAUCACCACCAAUCUCGAAUGAACGAUGACGAUAAUCGAAGUGAUACAUCAUCGCAAAGAAUCAUCAAACGAAAAGUUCUCCGACAUUAUAAUGGCAGAGCAACUGUGUGUGAUGAAUUAAGAUCAGAAGCAGGAUCAGUGCUUGAUUCACGUGAUGUUAGUUAUUUACAUGAUAUACCCGUUCAACAAAAACAAACUCGACGACGAAAUGAAUCUGCUUCAGAUAUAGAUCAUUAUUCAACAUACAGUGAUGAUGUUCGUUCGACAUCCUCAGUUCUUCCUGUUAAAUCAUUCAUUCGUCCAUCUACAGCAUCGACAGCAUCUCUUCGUCGUUCGCGUAGCUUUUCGAAUAAUCGAAUCGAUACAGUCCAACUUCAUACUUAUUACCAACAGCAAUGGGCAGCUCAGCGCGCACCCGGAGAAAAGUCUCAUCAAAGUUUACGGUGGGCGAUCCGAGAUCAACUCUUACAGAAAGAUGUGCCGGCAAAAAGAAAAUCUGCGCCACGUGUGAAUAACUACGUUGUCCCGACAUCAAAAAAGCGUUCGGCACUUCGCUGGAAUGUUCGCUUUUCAUUGGCCAAUGGUCUACAGCCAUCGAAAGAUUUGGAUGACUUCUUAUAUUAA